AAAAUGUACGAGUGUAUGUGUCUUUUUUAUUUUUUACACUUAUAAUACAAAACCGCUUUAACAUUUUUGUGCACGUAAAAUCUGUUUUGUUUUAAAUUCACUGUCACACAGGACUGUUUUGAAACAGAAUGCAGGUCGCUCAGCUGUUCAAGUGACGUCACUGUCUCUCUUACUGCGCUUGCGUGAAAAUUGCGCGCAUGCGUCGUUUACAUCGUGCGCGGCUGAUCCCGUAGUGAUCGGCCUCGUCUCAAAAACACUACGCAUUAGACGUACAUCCUAGGUAGUCGUGGAAGCCAUUAUUUCGCACCCUAUAUAGUGCACUUAUAUAGACAGCAGGGUGUUGUUUGAGAUUUAGCCCACGGUAAUCUUAGUGGAGCUGCUGCAACUGUCUGUAACAGCAACUAUACAACACUGCAACAACAACAAAAAAAAACCCAACAACAACAAACACAGGUAAUAACACUGUUUACCAGCAUCUUCAGUACAUAACGAGUUUGUACGGAUGAAAGUUAAAGAGAUAUGUGUGCUGACGAACGGAAAACAGCGAGCUUUUCGUGGACAAAAACACGGUUUCCAGUUGUCAGCUGUCGAAAUCAUGUUCCUGACUUUUUUUUAUUAUUAUUAUUUUGUAUGCCUGUGAUGCUAUGAAGGUUCAGAGGACAUAUCGCUUUGUGGUGCUGGUAGACACACAACACACCGCUGGAUUCGUGUCUUGACAACGUCGCUUGACAAACCACUUGACUUAAUUUGACUUAAUAAUGCACAGUCAAAUAUUGGUAUCUUCUGCCUUUAGAUCCCACUGCCCUGGAACAGCUACAGGCCAUCUGGAUCUUCACCAAGCUACAUCUCUGCAGUACAUACAUCCUGGUCAACAACUGACGGUGAUCCCCCGCAGUGCGUGGAAGGCAGUGGAUGUUCAGACGAGAGAAAGAUUACACGAACCUGCUGAUAAGCUUAUUAUCCAUCACACGGCACUGUGGAGUUGCUGGAGUCCUACGCAGAGCAUUGCUCAGCUAAUACACAUUCAGCAAGCACACAUCCACGAGCGCAGCUUCACAGACAUCGGCUACAACUUUUUGGUGGACCAGGCUGGUGUGGUGUAUGAAGGCCGUGGCUGGGGCAUCGUAGGAGCACACGCAAAAACACAUAACCAUACCUCUGUCGGUGUUGCUUUUAUGGGCAACUUUAAUGAUGAGUCGCCGAGCUUGCAGGCUCUGUCAUCCCUGUGUGCUUUGAUCCAGCAUGGAGUGGCCAAGGGAUAUUUACAGCCCAACUUCGUGAUUUUGGGACACAGAGACGUUGCAGACACACAGUGUCCAGGAGAGAAGCUGUAUUCCUCACUACACACACUCAAGACACUAAUAAACCACACGUCGUGAUGCUUUUAUUGUCUAAAACGGAUGUUUUAAUGCCUCUUGCACACUGCACUGUAUUUUGUUUAUAUUUCAUGAAAUCCUUGUGUGUGUUUCACUUGUUGGUUUCUACUCAAAUUGUAUAGUUUGUCCCAAUCUUUUUUUUUUUGGCCAAAGUGAAAUAAUUUAUUUCUUUUAAAAAUUCUUUAAAUGGGUCUUUAUAUGGGUAUUAGCCAGUCAUCUCUUGCUCGGUUCAGAAUGCUGCUUGCAGGCGUCUUGACUGGUGUUCGGAAAUGUCAACAUAUCACUCCUAUUUUAGUUUCUCUGCACUGGUUGCCAGUUCAUUAUAGAAUUGAGUUUAAAGUGUUAUUACUUGUAGUUUGUUAUUUUGUGUAUGGUUUAUUAUUUGUUUUUCUUUUGUAAACAUUGUACAGCACAUUCAUCAACUGUUGUUUUUUAAUUGCACUCUAUAAAUAAACUGAUAUUGACAUUGACAGAUCCAAUUAAAACACACUAAAGUUGUUUCAGAUUCUAAAUUUAAUGACCCAUCAUUAGAUACUCGAAGAUAAUGUUUUCAUAACAGUGAAGCACAGAAAGCACAAAAUUAGGAAAAUACUAAGAAGUUUGGGUUGUAAUUGAGUGUGAUAAUCACAAGGAUUCACCACAGGAAAAGGAAAACAGGGUUGUUAUGUUUUUUGUUGUUGUUUCAGUUGUACAGUGCUCUCUAGGGUUUAGAAACAUUGCAAGAAAGAAGCACUUCCUGAAAGCAUCUAAAAAUGGAGCACUUGAACUUUAACAAGCAUCUUGAGAACUGCAAUUGGCAUCAUGUGGCAGACGAAAACCAAAAUCUAACUUUUUGAUCAUGCACAUCAUCAGUUUAACAAAAGGGUACUGAAUAAAAGUAAUAAAUACAUAAAUAAUUGGUGGUGUAUCAUUUCUGUAUUUAAUAGUUUUAUAGAAAGUAACCCAGAAAUAAUAAAAGUGUAUUGUCACAAUCUGAAUCUUAGGAUUUGAGUCCUAGUGAAACCCCGUGGUCUGAAUUGAAGAGGAAAGUCCACGUGCGCAAUAUACAGUGGAGUCCAACAGUCUGAGACAACAUUGAAAAUCUUUUUCAAAGGUUUUAGAAUUUUGAAAUAUUUCAAACAAAGAAAGUAAAUGGUCAAUAUUUUGAAUAUUUAAUAUUGAAGAUUCUGCACUAUUUCUUGGUUCUUAUUUAAAUGUAAGCAAAUUUGUGAUAUUGCUGUUGUGAUAUGUUAACUUCUUUGUACAAAAGGUCAGAUUUUCCUCAUGUCUCUUCUCUCCCUCAUUCCUCAUCCCUUCUACUGAAGCACGUGUUCAGACGACGCUCCGAAGGAUCAGAAGGUUUUGCACAAACUUGUGGAGUCCAUGUAAGCUCGAGUGCACACUGUCAUUAAAGC